UUUUAACUAGAAACAUGAUACGCUAACUACUAGUACAAUACAUAUCUUGUAUGACAUCUUCUUUUCACACCCAAAAUCUCCCUACUUUGAUCAACUGCCAUUAAUAAGAAAUCAUCUACUUGGGUUUCAUUCACAUUGUUUGACUCAAACCUUUUAGUAGUUGACCAACACUCGCACCGAUCACAAAUAAUUAACAAUAAUUACGGUAUUUAAUGACAAAUAAUACUACAAAUACUUGAUGAAAUUACCAAAAUGCCCAUCAAUUAUUGAACAAAUAGAAUUCCUUCCAUAGCAUGCCAACGCAAAGAAAUCGAAACACAGCCUAAAAAGUAAAGUAAAAAGCGCACAUCUUUUGUCGGCGGCCUCCGAAAAACAUUCAAAAACUGUGUACAGUCCAACAUUCAAGUCAACCAACGCCGCCCGCCACGUCAUCGCAAAACCUCCAUCCUUGCUCCACAUUUCAUCGCUGCACUCUGAUCACUUCCCGCUUCGCCCGCCCCCCAACUCCCAGACGCUGUCGUUUCACUCCCACCUAACCCUCAAUGCUCCCGCUCCUCUUCCUCUUCUUUCUCUUCUUCUUACUCUGCUCCGUCGACGUUGCGACGUCGUUUCCCGCCCAUGCCGAUCUCUCCAACUGCACCCAAACCUUCGACUGCGGUCCCCUCCGGAACCUCACCUACCCCUUCACCGGCGGUACCCGCCCCUCCUACUGCGGCCCGCCGGAGUUCCACCUCACCUGCGUCGACGACUCGCCCGAGUUGACCAUCGGGCUGCUGAGCUACCGGAUCCUCAAACUCGACCCGGCUCACCAGAACAUGACCGUCGCCCGGUCCGACCUCUGGAACUCUACCUGCACCGACAAACUCGCGAACUCGACUCUUGAGUCCGAGUUCUUCAACUACGAUGACGACGACGACAUGGACGUCACUAUUUUCUACGGCUGCAAUUCCACUUUCAUCGAUCCCAUGCCGCAGAAUUGGUUUCUCUGCGACCUUAAUUUCCCUUUCAAAGACGCUUAUUACUUGAUCGGGCCGGUGCCCCUCGACCCGAUCGUGAGCGCGUUCAAGUGCGCCGUCGGGAUUACGGUGCCGAUUCUCAAAACCACGGCGGCGGUACUCGUCGGCAACCGGUCUCUGUUUAAGGAAGCGAUCAUGGCCGGGUUCAAUGUCAAUUAUACGAACCCGUAUGAGAAGCAGUGCGCUGAGUGUCUUAAUGUCAAUGGGCUUUGUGGGUUUGACUCGGAUAAGAACCGACCCGUUUGCAUUUGCGGCAAACGGUUGUGUGACCCGGCAGGAAAAAAGACGGGAAUCGCGAUAGGUCUUGCUGUAGGAGGUGCAAUUCUUUUCGGCAUUUUUGUUGGGUUCUAUUUUUAUUAUUUCAUCCAACGCAAGAAGAGGAAACUUGCUGCAGAGACUCAAAGCAAAGAGGUUCCUACACCCCUUACAAGCACUAGCGUUGCAACUCCCUCAACUAAUCUCUCUCAAUCUCAGAGCAUCCCGUCUUAUCCCUCUUUUACCUCCAAGUCUGACUAUGAUAAUAAGGCGAGCACUUACUUUGGAGUUCAGGUCUUCACCUAUACUGAAUUAGAGGAAGCUACUGAAAAUUUCAACCCCGCUAAAGAGCUUGGAGAUGGAGGCUUUGGCACUGUUUACUAUGGUAAACUACAUGAUGGCCGUGUAGUUGCAGUGAAGCGCCUUUAUGAAAACAACUUCAAACGUGUGGAGCAAUUUAUGAAUGAGGUCGAGAUCUUAACUCGUCUUGAACACCGGAAUCUUGUCAAGCUGUAUGGAUGCACCUCAAAACGCAGCCGAGAACUUCUCCUUGUUUAUGAGUAUAUUCCUAAUGGAACAGUGGCUGACCAUCUCCAUGGGAAACGAGUGGAAUCUGGCUUUCUUAGUUGGCCUGUUAGAUUGAGCAUUGCCAUAGAUACAGCUGAUGCACUGGCUUACCUCCAUCGCAAUGAUGUAAUACACCGCGAUGUCAAGACCAACAAUAUUCUCCUAGACGACGACUUUUGCGUGAAAGUGGCUGAUUUUGGUCUGUCACGCUUGUUCCCCAACGAUGCCACCCAUGUGUCAACUGCUCCGCAAGGGACUCCCGGCUAUGUUGAUCCCGAGUAUUACCAGUGCUACCAACUCACAGACAAGAGUGACGUAUAUAGCUUUGGGGUGGUCCUGAUCGAGCUUUUAUCGUCAUUACAAGCAGUGGACACCAAUAGGCAUCGGCUUGACAUAAAUUUGGCCAACCUGGCCGUCAACAAAAUCCAAAACCAUUUAGUAAAUGAGCUGGUCGAUCCUCUUCUCGGGUUUGAAACAAACGUUUCAGUUAGAAGGAUGACAACAGCUGUGGCAGAAUUGGCUUUCCGGUGUUUGCAACAGGAGAAGGAUAUGCGACCAACCAUGGACGAAGUGUUGAAGGGUUUGAAAGCAGUCCAAAACGAAGAUCUUGGUUCAGAAAACGGCGAAGCAGUGGUGCUGGAUAUCGGAGCAGACGAGGUUGGACUUUUGAGGAAUAUGCCACCCCCGCUUUCACCGGACUCGAAUGGAACUGAUAAAUUGGUUUUUAAGAGAUGGGACAAAACUAUUUAAUCCAAGCCAUGGUGGUGAGACCAAUCUGGCUGCUUCUAUCCUCCAGAUCGUGGGAUUGAUUUGGUAACUCGUAACUUGUAAAUCUAGGAUGCCACUACGCAAAUUGUUAUUGCCUGAUUGGCGACUGACUUGGUAUACGAUGACACAAUACGAUACUUUCUUUAUUAUACAGUACGUACGGCAGAGAUGAAUUUGGACGGUACGGUAUUUUGUGUGAAUGUACAGUACAAUUAUGUAUAAUUAUACAUUUUUAUAUACACAAUCAAACCAAACAAUUAUUCUUAUUCUUCAAUGCCA